CUUUCUGUCAAUUAUCAGUCAUACAUAAAUCUAAAGCAGAAUUCAGACCUACUACGAUGUAGUCCAAUGUUCUACAAUCAUCCACGUUAUGAUGGUGUUAUUGUCAAUACUACUGAUGGGUUGUAUGUGGCAGAAUUAAUUCAACUCUUUGAGUGUGAAUUUAAUGAACAGAAAUAUCCAUUGGCAUUAGUUCAUCCCUAUGAUGCUCCUGUAACUGAUGGCCAUCUACGUUGGAAGCAUCAAAGAGAUAAAGAUUUAGGAUUUUAUCGAGUUCGUGCAUGCCCACGAAUUCAUUCAGCCUUUGUUUCUAUAUAUUCUAUUGUUCAUGAUGCACUCCUGGUAAAAGAUGCAGACUCAGAUCUUAAUAAUGGCCAGGAUUACUUCAUUGUGGAUAUCAUUGAUACUGACAUGUUUCUCUGA